CCACCCUCGGAGACCAUGGUGGAAAAGGGUACCGAUAACCCUGCCGAACGAGGCCCUCCAACACCGGCCCCUCAAGGCAACCCCAUCAACUACCCGCUCAGUGGGCGCAGCUUUAUGCGCAACAACAAGAAAAUGCAGAGCUGGUACAGUAUGUUGAGUCCCACGUACAAGCAACGCAAUGAAGACUUCCGCAGGAUCUUCAAAGGGCUGCCUGAAGCUGAGCGUCUUCUUGUAGAUUACUCCUGUGCGUUGCAGCGUGACAUCCUCCUUCAAGGUCGGCUUUAUCUAUCGGAGAACUGGAUCUGCUUCUACAGCAACAUCUUUCGAUGGGAGACCACGAUCUCCAUCCAGCUCAAGGAGGUGAUAUGCAUCAAAAAGGAAAAAACUGCCAAGCUGAUCCCCAACGCGAUUCAGAUUUGCACAGAGUCUGAGAAGCAUUUCUUCACAUCCUUCGGCGCCCGUGACCGAUGCUUCAUGCUAAUUUUUCGCCUUUGGCAGAAUGCACUUCUGGACAAGACGUUGCCCCCACGAGAACUCUGGCACAUUGUCCAUCAAUGCUACGGUUCUGAACUUGGCUUGACCAGCGAAGAUGAUGAUUACGUUUCUCCCAUUGAUGAUCUCAAUGGCUUGGGAAGCCACAAAGAAAUUGGAGAUGAUAUCGACCUGACUGAGCUGGCUUCCCGCUGCAGCACUGACCUCAAGCUGGACACCAGUCCCUUGCUGGACAAAAGGGACACCAGUCACAGCAUCAACUCGCUGGCCAGCAGCAGUGAUGGGACCACAUCGCUGGCAGAAGAUCCGGAGGAUAACACUGAUAGCCAAAUGGAUGCUUCAUCUAGCCACACAGUGACCUCAGCCACAGACCCCCUUCCAGAUGAAUUGUUGCAAGGGCCUGUUGUGUCCCUCCCGGAGGGGGACCCGCCUCCCAGUGAAGAGCUCCCCACCGACAUGAGCAAUUCCUCCUCUUCCACGCAAGAUGAAGGUGAGGCUGAAGUGGAAGCCUUUUUCACAGACUUGCCAGGGCGGCUCCUGAUCAACGCCGUGUAUCACGUUGGUGCUGAGAGGCUGCAGCAAAUGCUUUUCAGUGACUCCCAGUUCAUACACAGCUUUUUGGACCAACGCAAGUUCACAGAUGUUGCACUGAGUUCAUGGAGCGGAGACAGCAAGUGUCACCAAAGUCGCGUCAUCACCUACACCAUCCCCAUCAGUAACCCUUUGGGCCCCAAGGUUGCACCGGUGGUAGAGACCCAGACUCUUUUCCGUGCCAGUUCCAAGAAUGGAGGCUGUGUGGUGGACUCAGAAGUGGUCACUCAGGGCAUCCCUUACCAGGAUUACUUCUACACUGUGCAUCGGUACUGCAUCACCACCGUAGCCAAAAGCAAGGCCAGGCUCAGAGUCUCCUCUGAAAUCCGGUAUCGGAAGCAGCCGUGGACCCUUGUGAAGACUUUCAUUGAAAAAAAUGCAUGGAGCGGUGUUGAAGAAUACUUCCAGCACUUGGAACUGGCACUGGUGCAAGCAGAAAAGGCUCUGCUAGAGGACAGCUGCCAUGGCAAAGAACCUCGGGGUCUCUUGUCUGGAUUGCGUCGCAGGAAACGGACCCUGAGCUGGAGAGCUCCCCAUGUUGAAGCCCCAAUGCCCACGCUACCCGAUAGUGAAGGUGCAUCGCGAACUGUUCGCCCUUCAGGCAGCCUGACCUCACGUCUUUCAGAACAACUCCUGGAGCCAGGACAGGGACAGACCGUCUCCACCGUGAUCCUUGUCAUCAGUCUGGUUCUCUUAGUUCUGGUCAUCCUCAACAUGAUGCUGUUCUACCGGCUGUGGUCUCUGGAGCACACAGCCCGAACUGUGGAGUCAUGGCAGACGUAUGCACUCUCCAAUGGGAAACUUCCACAGACAGCCUCGGAAUGGGCAGAGAUUCUGGAGUUGCAAAAACAGUUCCAUAGUGUGGAGGUGCAAAAGUGGAAACAGAUCCUGAAGGCAUCAGUGGAACUUCUGGAUGAGAUGAAACUCUCCCUGGAGAAGUUGCAGCAAGGCAUCAUGGUGGCAGAGCCGCCAUUGGAACCGGAGUGA